GCCACCAGAGGUCACAUCAAUGUUCACAUCCUUUAUUUUGCUUCGACCCUAUUUGUGUGUGAAAGAAUUGAAACUUUUUUGUGGAUAAUUCAAAACCAAUAAACAAAGAUUUGUAGAAAAAUCCAUGUAGUGAUCCAUAUUCAGCCAGCGGAGUCAAGUGCCAACCAUCAAUCCAUUAAAAUAAGUGUGCAGCUGCUUUCCACCAAAAAUCCUACUUUCGCCGGAAAAAAUGGUAGUUUCAAGCAGCAAGGAUGCAAAAUCCGAUCGGAAGAGCGAGUUGCAGGCCUUCGACGACACGAAAGCCGGCGUGAAAGGACUAGUCGAUGCCGGAAUCACCAAGCUGCCCACAAUCUUCCUCCAUCCGCCGCAAAAUUUGAAGGAUAUCGGGACCCCGACCGGAACUCACUUCGAUUUUCCGGUGAUAGAUCUCGAGAGCUUCGACAAGGAUCCGAGCAUACGCCGGAAAGUCGUGGACGGGAUUCGAGAAGCGGCGGAGACGUGGGGUUUCUUCCAAGUCGUGAAUCAUGGGAUUCCGGUAGCAGUUUUGGAUGAUAUGUUGGACGGAGUUGGUGGAUUCAUGGAGCAAGAUACGGAUAUGAAGAAGCAAUAUUACACCAGAGACCCCUCCAACAAGUUUCGGUUUAAUAGUAAUUUCGAUCUGUUUAGUGCUCCGGCGACUAAUUGGAGGGACUCUUUUUACUGUGCUCUUGCUCCUAAUCCUCCACAGCCUCAACACCUGCCUCAAAUUUGCAGGGAAAUCAUGAUGGAGUACUCUAAGCAAGUGAUGGGAUUAGGGAGGAGUUUGUUUGAGUUGCUGUCUGAAGGUCUUGGACUCAGCACAAAUCAUCUCCUACAAAUGGAGUGUGCACACUCACUUUUCAUGGUCUGCCAUUACUACCCCUCGUGCCCAGAGCCUGAGCUCACAUUAGGCGCGACGAGACACUCAGACAAUGACUUUGCAACCGUGCUUCUGCAGGACAACCUUGGAGGGCUCCAAGUGGUGCAUCAGAACCAGUGGGUGGAUGUUCCUCCUCUCCGAGGAGCCUUAGUCGUCAACAUUGGAGAUCUUCUUCAACUGGUAACAAAUGAUAAGUACAAAAGCGUGGAGCACAGGGUGGUGUCGAGCAAGGCUGGCCCGAGGAUAUCAGUUGCCAGCUUCUUUGGGAGGGAUUCGGGACCAAGCUCGAUCGUUCAUGCCCCAAUCAAGGAGCUGUUGUCGGAGACAAACCCUCCCAAGUACCGCGCCACAACGUCCGAAGAGUAUAGUGACUACUUUUGCAAGAAGGGCCUUGAUGGCACUUCUGCUUUACUUCACUUCCAACCAAAGGUUAGCCUUUUGGAGUUGAAAUGUAACACAGCCUUCAUCUAUAGCUUCAUUUCUCCUAUAUUUGUAAUCAACAUUUGUAAUAACUAAAACUACCUUGAAUUAUCAAUAUAAAUAUAUGCAUUGAUAAUUUAGGUUCAAAGUUGUAAAGAAAGCCACAGACAGUCAUAGUAAUAAUAAGAGAGAUUAUUUGGAUGAAAUCAAAGGGCUAAUUGAGCUUAAAAUAGGACAACAAUGGGGUGUUAGCCUCCAUUCCCUUUGCAUAUCUACAAGCUAUAAUCUCUUCCCCUUUGGCCUCCCUAUAAACAGGUGGAUUCUCUUCCGACAGCAGCUCCUUAAUCGGACCAUAAACCUUCAGUUGAGUGCAAAAUAUGGGUUUGUGUAAACUAUUUCAUCAACUUAUCUUACAUUCCAUCA